UCCCGGCGUGGGGCGGGGCGCGGGGGUCCCGGGCGCGGGUCUCGUUCCCCUUCCCCACCCCCAGCCCCGCGGCUCCGCGGCGGUCGUUGCCCUGGGGCCGGCCGGCCCGACUCGCAGUCCUGAGUCAGGGGCCUUUGCUGCCCGGGCCGCAGACCCGCUCAGGGUCGCCCGCUCUCGGGGCGGCGUCUGCGGCCCGAGCGAUGGUGGAGGGCUCUCAGGUACUUGCCGAGGACUCCAGACCGUCAGGGCUCCCAGCCAUGCAGCAGCUGGCUCUGCUCCAGCUGGACCACCCCGGCCCCAGGGGGAGCUGCUGCCCUUUCUCUCCUCCGCAGCUCGCCCAGCGACGGCUGACCACGCAUCCCUGACGCUGGACGUCGCCAGCAGCCCCAGGAGGAGCUGUCUCCCGGCUCGGCCAGGCUGCCCCCGGGUGUGAGGGCUGGCCGCUGGACUGUGCCGUCCAAGUUGGCGAGCCUGGGGCACUCGGAGGCCGCCCAGCAGCCCACCGCCCAGGGGCAUCUGCAGCCUGAGGUCAGAAUGCUCAAGGGACGGCUUCCAAACACUGACGAAGACCUCGCCGCCCGCCCGGGGUCCCCGGCCGCUGAUGACCGUCGGGGACCCGAGAAGAGCCCAGUGCGCCCCCUCGACACCCCGGCGCAAGUCGGCAACGAGGACCCACAGGCCAGGGGGAGACCCUUCAGUCCGAAGCCGCCGCCGCCGAGGCCCAGGCUGGAGCGAGCGUUGUCCCUGGAUGAGAAGGGCUGGAGGAAGAGGCGUUUUCGAACCAGCCGCGAGGACCUGGCCACGAGGAAUGGGCCCAGCCCCUCCGGGGGCUCCCUGCAGGACGAGGCCCCCGGGACCGCCACCCGCGGUGGCUCCCCGCCCUGCCUGAGCACCUCCCUGCAGGAAAUCCCCACAACUCGUAGGGCCCUGGGCAGCGGAGGCCCCUCCUCGCUGGGUAACUGUCUUUCCGGAAUGAUCAGCACUUCCCUGGACCUCCUACACCGGGACGGGGCCUCGGCCGGGAGCACCCCGCGGCUGGCCAGCCUGCUUCCCCCGCGCCCACUGCCCGCCAUGGACUGGAACGUCGCCUCCGACGCCCUGCGGACAGCAAACAAGGUGGACUUGGAUCACGCGGACCGCCAGCUGCGGUGGCAGGCCAGACCGUUCUGGGCCCACAGCGGCCUGCGCCCCGGCCGGCCCCCGAGCCCCCUGGCCCGGGACGACUGCUCCCUACACUCGGCCAGGUCCGCCGUCAGCCUCCUGGCGCCCGUCCGCACCAAGGACGUCCGCAGCAGGAGCUACCUGGAGGGGAGUCUCCUGGCGAGCGGGGCCCUGAUGGGGGCAGACGAGCUGGCCCGCUACUUCCCAGACCGGAACGUGGCCCUCUUCGUGGCCACGUGGAACAUGCAGGGACAGAAGGAGCUGCCCCCGAACCUGGACGAGCUCCUGCUGCCGGCCGAGGCUGACUUUGCUCAGGACCUGUACGUCGUCGGGGUGCAGGAGGGCUGCUCGGACAGGCGGGAGUGGGAGACGAGGUUGCAGGAGACGCUGGGCCCCCACUACGUCAUGCUGUACUCGGCGGCCCACGGGGCGCUCUACAUGUCCGUGCUCAUCCGCAGGGACCUCAUCUGGUUCUGCUCCGAGGUGGAGAGCUCCACGGUGACCACGCGCAUCGUGUCGCAGAUCAAAACCAAGGGGGCCCUGGGCGUCAGCUUCACCUUUUUCGGCACCUCCCUCCUCUUCAUCACGUCCCACUUCACCUCUGGAGACGGGAAGGUGGGCGAGCGGCUGGUGGACUACAGCAAGACUGUCCAGGGCCUGGCGCUGCCCAAGAAUGUGCCGGACACCAGCCCCUACCGCUCCGACGCCGCGGACGUCACCUCCCGCUUCGACGGGGUCUUCUGGUUCGGAGACUUCAACUUCCGCCUGAGCGGCGGGCGGGCGGCCGUGGAAGCCAUCCUGAAGCAGGACCCGGGCGCCAGUGUGCAGGAGCUGCUGCAGCAUGACCAGCUCACGCGGGAGAUGAAGAGAGGGUCCAUCUUCAAGGGCUUCCAGGAGCCAGACAUCCACUUCCUGCCGUCGUACAAGUUCGACGUCGGGAAGGACUCGUAUGAUACCACCUCCAAGCAGAGGACCCCUUCGUACACGGACCGCGUCAUGUACAGGAGCCGCCACAGGGACGACAUCUGCCCCGUCAAGUACUCCUCCUGCCCCGGGAUCAGGACGUCCGACCACCGGCCUGUGUACGGCCUGUUCCGGGUCAGAGUGAGGCCGGGGAGAGACAACAUCCCGCUAGCCGCCGGCAAGUUUGACCGAGAACUGUACCUGUUAGGAAUUAAGAGACGGAUUUCCAGAGAGAUCCAGAGACAGCAGGCGCUGAAGAGCCAGCACUCCAGCGCCAUCUGUACCGUCUCUUGAGGAAAUUUGCCGAAGGAGGACUGGUCACCUGCAACCCGGGAGGGUAUCUGACCCAGGAACCCGGGAAGACGGAGGAGGCUGCCGUCCGGGACGCUGAUGAACUGCUGCUGGGGGCUGCCCGCUCCUCUGCGAGAGCCCGACGGGAGGCCCCAGGUCCGGCGUCCGCCGCUGGGACAGAACCGCACGCCCCCACGGCGCUUCCCUCUCUCAGGGCGGCUUCCCCGCACUGCGGCCGCUGUCGGUGGGAGACCCCGGGCUGGCCGUGAGUAGCUCGCGUGCCCUGAAGCCAGCGGCAGAGCCCGCGUGCGGGCCAGGCACCCUGACCUCCUUUAUGUCUGCACGUCCGGAUCUGCAGCCUCCCAGCAGCCCCUCAAACCCAAACCAAGAGCUGCCCUUCCUUGUCUGAGCGCCAGGCACGCCGCCGGGGGUCCGGUGACCCUGGGCCUCUGUUCCCACGGCACGCGCUAGGACCGAGCUGAGGCUGGGAUGAGGACGGCCGGCCGGCGGUUCAGGUCCACGAGACCACCUCCUUCUCCUCUCCCGGUCCAUUUGGGUCCAUUUGCUUAGGUAACGUUAGCUAUGAGCGAGCGGCAUUAACGUUAAGUGGUGCGUUUCCUGGGUCUGAGAAGCCGCUGGAAGGUUGGAAUGUCACACCUUACCAGCCUAGGCCGGCCCCCACCAGCCUGGAUGUCUUGUUUUCUUAAAGGGUUUAGAGUCCGAUAUUGCUUUGUGUCUUAAUCCAUCUCGUAAAAAAAAAAAACUUACUUAGGCUUUGAAUGUGGGAAAUUCUAGGGGCAUUCAAUCUAGUCUUUAUUUAUUUUUCCAUAUUUAUCUUUUUAAAUAAAUGCAUCUAUUGAAUCUUAA